AUGAAAAACAAAAAUAAACUCAAGAGAUGCUUAGACUACCUUAGGAACAACAGAGACAGAAUUGCCAAGGAGCACGCCAACCUCCUUCCGUGCAGCAAAGAAAAUGUUCUCCUCACUUAUCUGAAGGAGCUCCGACUGGAGCUCGCAGGGAGAUACAACGCACACUUUUGCGAAUUCUUCAUGGAUGAGUAUGGAGAGCGUAGGAAUAUAUGCUCCUCCAUAAUUCAAGUUUUUUUUCCCUUUGACAAAGGAAACAACUACAAAGAAAUAUAUACCCUGAUCAAGAACUACUUCACGUUUGAAGUCGUGUUGAAAAAAAAAAUAAAAACGCUCCUGCUUCCCAACGUGGCGCUGGUGUUCGACUGGAAGAUCGCCGACUGCGCAGACUUGUGCACUAUAGUGGUGUCCUCCCUGCGAACAAAGAACUAUGACGCGUACGUUGUGUGUGGCGAGGCCCCCUUCUCCAUUUGCGCGAAGGACGACAAAAAGAACCUCUGCGAAUUUAAUUUUAAAGAGUGGGAAAAGUAUGAGGAGAAGAAGGAGGAUGCAGCUGAGGUGUUGGACAUAAAGGGGAAGAAGGCGAAGUAUAGGAAACUCAUGAAUAUCGGCAUGAGAGUGGCAGGGGAACGCAAAUUCGAAGACGAAGGAUCCAAUGACGAGAAGGAUUUCUACCUUCACAUGUGGAUACUCAUAAAAAAAAGCUUAGAUGUAAAAAAAGACGUGUUCAUAGAAAUGGGUUCAGGCAGGGAAUACGACGUAAACGACUGCCCAUAUAGGUCUAUAUUUUACCUGUGGAACGACAAGAACAUUUACGUAAAUAUUCGCAAAACGGAGCAAGUCGCCACGUUAGUUUCGGAGCUGCAAAACAAGGAGUAUUUUGUUCCGGCCUUCUACGACCACAUAAGGGCUAAGGCCCUCACCCCCAUCAUCGAUAAUCGCCUGUACAAAAUUAGGAAGGACAGGUUUCUUUUGAAGUACCCGCAAGGAAGCAACACGACCUUUUACAAGAACUGUAAGAGGGACCAGUACGGGGACUUUCUUCAGCACGACGGACUGACAGAGAUGCACACACACUUUGGAAAUAAAUUUUACACCAACGUUGAAUCAGUCUGUUGCCUGUUCAAAUAUAGAAGAGACGGGAAAAAAGCCAAGCUGUACUUUCCACAAAAAUUUAAAACAGUUGAAUAUUACGAUAGUUCUGGUCAUCACUUUUUGAGGGCCCUCAGAGAAAGCAUAGGGUUCUACUCCCACUUCUCCUUCUACCCAAAUAGACCCGAUGGACUGAUCCACUACCUAGAGAUAACAGACUCAAAACUUAUGGAAUAUUUUUCCAACCGGAAUGACCAAGUGACAUACCGAUCGAUGUGUCUUUCUCCGAGCGUCAAAACGAAUUAUAAGUUGCAGAUGUUCGACGGGAAGGAGUACUACGCGAUAAAAAUGACUGUGAAGUAUAAGGAUGAGCGACGCCACAACGGAAUCAAAAAGAAAAUAUUCCUCAUCCCAGAGAACAAAAUAAUCCUCGUGUACUACAACAACUGCAACGAGAUAAGUAACACCUUCGAGGUGUAUGAAAAACACAUUUGGUACAACCGUGACACGGAGGAGAACGAAGAAAUAGUGACGUACAAGAAGAAUUAUGUGUACAAGCAUUUUGUAAAUUAUGGGAACCCUAUUCAGAAGGAGACCUUAUAUCUGCUGGAGGAGGAACGAAGCCUCUUUGAAGACAUCGAGAGCACAUACAAAGGAGUUAUCUGUGCCAUCAGGAAGGAAAGAAGCCAAAUGAAAGAAACAGAAGAGGAGUACCAAUACAAGCCACAAAAUAUAACCAACAAAAAUGAAAUGAUAUACCACGACAAUGAACAAAUGGAACAGUUUAAUAAAAGCAUAAUUGAAGAUGAGAUGAAUGUGUUUAAUUUUUACAAUAGCUAUCCGUGGGAUCAGCACACGGAGGUGUCCAUGAACAAUUCGUUCUUCUUGUCCAAGGGGAAGAUACUUAACAUUGAAUGCGCGUGUGACGAAAUAGCUUACGUCUCCUCGGAGAAGGGGCAGGAAUUGGCGCACUCUGCAUUGCGCCGAGUGGCAGAUAAGGCACUCCCCACCCACACAGAAGACCCAGCUGAGCGAAAAUUUAAACUCGCGAAGCCUUCAGAGGGGGAAAACGGUCAAAAUCGGGGAAGCAUGAAGUUAUCCAUUUUGGAAGACAGGUUGUCCAAGUACAAACAGGAGCUGUCCGAUAUGAAGGACAUGAAUGACCCGUCCAAAGUGGAAGAUGUGGAAAGGAUAAGGAAAAAUAUUAAGUUCACUGAAGAUAGAAUUUAUCAUUGCCGAAAAAAUUAG